AGAAGAAAAAGCAAACUUCUGUGAAGAGAAUAUGAUAACUUUUGAGCAAAAAAUUGUUUAUAGAAAGCUUCAUAGUAUGUAUAAGAAGGCUUUAAAUAAAGCAUUGCAGAACAAGUUAAGAUCUCAGGAACUAAUUGAUUUACUCCAAGAUUUUGUUGAAGAUGAUGAUAUCGAUGAUAAUAAAUCAGAUAAAUCAGAUGAUGAUAAAUCAUAUUCAGAUGAAGAUCAACAAAGUAAUAAUAGCAUUGGUAAAGAAAAUAUAAAUCCUUAA